AUGGCACCCCAAGACUCGUUCAUAGAGGAUGAGGACGAGACCUGCCCCCUCUGCAUCGAAGAGCUGGAUCUUACCGACCGCAACUUCCGGCCAUGCCCCUGCGGAUACAAGGUCUGCCAGUUCUGUUUCAACAACAUCAGGAAUAACAUCAACGGCCUGUGUCCGGCAUGCCGACGACCGUACGACGAGAAGACGAUCCAGUACAAGAUUGUCACGCCAGAAGAGAUUGCUGAGUUUUCGCGAAAUAUCCAGAAGAACCAAAAGAAGCGAGUGCAAGAGCAGAAACAGAAAGAGGCUCAAAAGCGCGAAGCCGAAAGGGAGACGCGCAAAAAUCUUAUCGGCGUCCGGGUCGUCCAGAAGAAUCUCGUUUAUGUGACAGGUCUCGCAGCCGGCGGCCGGGAAGAUGAGCUCCUCAAGAUGCUACGAAAACCAGAAUUCUUUGGUCAAUACGGCAACAUCCAGAAGAUCUCUAUUAGCAAUCGGAAAUCCCCGGAUGGCCAACACCACUCUCUUGGUAUCUACGUCACUUUUGAGAAGCCCGAUGACGCAUAUCGCUGUAUCUUGGCUGUGGACGGAUCCGUGAACGGCGACCGCGUUCUCAAGGCACAGUAUGGCACGACGAAAUAUUGCUCGGCCUGGCUCAAGUUUGAGAAAUGCAACAACCCUGGUUGCAUGUUCCUACAUGAAAAGGCCGAUGAUGAGAACAGCUACACUCGUCAGGACUUGUCAUCUCUAAAUUUCCUCACCCAGACCGACCGACCCCUCAACAGCGGCAGCACGUCGGCUCGCGCCGUUUCUCGACAGCAGGGACCUCAGCCAACCCCGCCUCCCACGUCGCAGCCCAUGCGACCCUCGUUGAGCAAGGAUGGCGUGGUGGACAAUCCUGUUGAUACCUCAGCUCUGCCUUCUUCCGCGAACUGGGCUCGGAAUCCACAACGAAGCCGCAGAGGAAGUCAUGCCACGAGCGGUGCUGCCUCCAGCCCUGCCGUUUCAACGUCCUUACCAGUUACAGCGGAGACAGCGACUGAGAACGUCGUGCCUGAUGCCGAGUCAUCUACCACUAUUCCAGCAUACUUGAGGAACUUGGCCCCCCGCGAUGCGGUUUUCGAUGAAGAGAUUGCCGCACUACUAUCCUUCCAACUCCCCAAGAUCCGUGUUCCAGACUUUGAAAAGUAUCCUCCCAUGUUCGACUUGCGAGGUGGCGAGAAACGGAGGGUCAUGCGUGAAGAGGAAGACUCUCGAAUCGCCAAUCCAGACGAUCAGCUGGAGGCGUUGGUUUCUUCCGAAGAGCCCGAGACGGGAGGUGGCAGCCUCGCUCUUGGUGGGGAGCCGGAGGAACGAGAAUUGGCUGGCGACGGCCACAGCUUCGAUCAGCGUCAAGUCAGCACCCAGCCGCCGAUCCAAAGAGGAAGCACCGACGGCAUCUUAGGCACCGGUCCGGGGGGUUCCAGCUUUGGCCAAGGCUCCAGCCGCUCCAUGACACCCCAACAAUUGACUUCAAUACGAUCUGCGGCUGGCUUUGGCGACCAGGGGUCUCCUGCUAUAUCAAGCCAAAGCACUGCAUUCCAGGGCCAAGGCCAGGGCCACAGUCGACAGCCUUCUCGAUUUAACUUUGCAAGCGACAAUACAAACUCGUCAUCGACUGUCAAGCUUGCUGCAAACCCACGGAAUAUGGCUCAACAGACAUCCAUGAUGCCGAACUCAUUCCAGUCCCAAGGGGCCAACCAAUAUUACCCGACGACUAUUUCUGGCCCCCCACCAGGCCUCAAGUCGACGGGCACACCCCCCAACAUGUACGGUCAGUCAUUUGGCGCAGGAUUCGGCGCAGCUCCCAAGGAUUCGUCAAACGAGCUACUUCAGAGUCUCAUCGGACGGAAUCGUGCGGGUGUCAGCCAGCCUCAUGAUGCCGGAAAGCGUGAGUACAUGAUUUCUUCUUUCUCAAACCAGUACCCACCAUCCUCUACCUCCACCCCAGUUCCUGCGUCAAACCUCCUGGCCUCGCUGUACGGUAAUCAACCUGGAGCAUUCCAAGACUUUGGAUCGAAGCAGAAAAAAAAGGGGAAGAAGCACAGGCAUGCUAACACUUCCUCCUCGGGGGGGAGUGGCUUAGUUGAUCUUGCGGACCCGAGCAUCCUGCAGGCGCGGAUGCAGCACCAGCAGCCCCAGAGCACUGCCGGAGCCAGCCAGGGACUGUACGGUGGUCAGAGCCAAGCAGAUGACGAGCUACUCUCGUUCGACAAGGCAAGCGAGGCGGUUGAUGACCUGCUGCACGAUCCGCAAGACGACCUUGGCCAGCUGGGGAUUGCCUUGAGCAGCGCCAUGCCUUCUGUUCCUCCUGGCUUUGCGGGUCCCCAUGGGCACCCUGAUCCAACGCAGCCGUCGUCUGCACCAACGCUGCCAUGGCUUCUCACUCCCGUUCCCAAGGUUGCGGCAGCAGGUAUCAAUCAUGGCACCAUGACACCGGAGCAAACGCCGCGAAAAGGCCGGCUGGGUUCGACUGCAAGGAGGGGUGGCAAGUCUCUGACCACCGACUCGGGGGCACCGAAGGGUGCUCCGUCACUGUCCAGCCAAACGCAGCCUCUGGCCGUCCAAGACGACGAAAACUUUCCGCCGCUUGCAACUCAGGCGAGAAAGCAGCAGAGCAGCUCACCUGCGAUCCCAACCGUACCCACUCCUAAGGGCACGCCGGCGCCGAAGAGGUCUUCCGACAAGGGAAAGGUGCCUGAAAAGGUUUCUCAGUUAAAUUUAGAGAAAUCCCGAGGACAACAAAAGUUGGACAAGGAGAGGGCGCUUGAAGGCGCUCGUGCAUCAACCGAUGGAAAGCAGCCUCAACAGAAGCAGCCUGCUGACAGGAGCAAGGCAACGAUGAAGACUUCUGAGCUGAGCUUUCAAAACAUGCCUGAAGAUAUGAGCAGCAACCAGGCUGUUGCCAGCCACUCGAGCCGAAAGCCAGGCAGCGCUGGUGAUGAAGGUUUGAACGCACCAACACCCCGGUCUGAAGACUCGACACGGCCACAGGGGUCAACCGAUGAAGUUGUGUUCCCUCCCCUUCCAACUCCCUCUGGCAGUGGGGCGGCAUCACCUGCUCCUCGUGUUGCCCCCAAGUCCCUCAGACUGGUGUCGCCAGUCAAGACGGACACGUCCACUUUACCUUCGUUGGUCCAAUCGCUUGCCUCGAGGGUUGUUUCUGCUUCUCAAGGGCCCGACACCGCAGCCAGCGAUAUGGCUAGUGACACCGCCUCACUUGUUUCCGCCUCCGUUUCUGCAUCCAGAGCAGGUUCGCCACCACCAAACCGAAUCGGUUCCGCCGCCGUCCGAACCAGCACCAAGAGUUCGCAGCGCAAAGAGCGUAAGAAGGCUUUUCAAGAGGAGACGAAAGUAAUUUCCGAGAGACCCAAGGAGGAACCGAAGCCUCAUGAUGCCAUUGUCGUGCGAAAGAAGAAAGAGAAAAAGGAGAAGCCUACAAGGGCUUCGGCACCUCCAUCGCAGGACGAACCACUUGCGGAUGCCGCGAUCCAGGACGGGCCCGUAACUGAAAGUACGUCAAAAGAAGGCGCCAGCAGCAAGGAGUCGGAUGGUGCGGACUUGAAGGACAAGCUACUCCCGUCGAGGAAGGGCGCCUCGUCUAGAAAGGGCAAAGGCAAAGGCAAAGGAAAGGAGAAGGGGAAGGAAAGAGAGACACGCGAGGUGGCCCAGCCGCAGCCCACGCCUCCAGCCGCCGAUGCUGAGCCAAACUCCACAGCUCAGGCCGAUGAAGCAGAGCGAUCACGAUUCAGUCCAGCUGGUGUGUUCGCGGGCCUUGCUAACCUAUUCAAAGGCGAGGAUCUUGCUCUGUUUAAGCCCGUCCCGAGUGGCAACCAACGGCAAGAGCACAACAGCGGUGCCAAGAAUGGAGCCUACUGCAAGGACUGUGCAUGUAAGUGUGCAGAGAUCAGAGAAGAGGACCUUGCUGCUCUGCGUGCGGGGAAACCGGUUCGGAAGCAAUUCCACAUGGACGGCGGCAGGAUGUUGAUCACGCCCAAUGGAGACAGCAUCCGCGGGUUGUCUCCCAACGAAGAAGAUGCGUUCCUACAGCUCCAGACCGCCAUUGCCCUCUCUGCAGAGCACCCAGGCGCAUUUGUCGCCCCUCGGCAUCACCCUGGCAGUGGUGCAUUUUCUCUUAUCAAAGGACGAGCCGUGCCCAAUGGUCGGCCCAACAUUUUCCCUCUUACAUGUCACCCCUCGUCUCCGGACCCCGUUGGGAAGAUGCAGCGCGAGGAAGCGCUGAGCUACAUCAACCAAUACGUCCUGCCCCGGCUCAACCUGGGUGCGAGCAACAUGGGGUUCCCCAAUGCGGCGUCCCCCGCCCGCGACUCGGCCGCAGCGAGCCUCAACUCGCUGGCCCCAUACUUUUACGGCCCAGAUGCGGCAGCUGGCGUUGGUAUCUACAGCGCACCAGAUGGGGCCCGAGCAAUGCGAGACUUUGCUGCCUCGGGGGGGAGCCAAUCCGAGGAACCAGGCAAGAUUCCCGGGACAAAUGGUGUCUCAAGCAUGCCCCUGAUGAGCGUCGAGGAUGCUGAGUCAGCUCUCUUCGCUGCCCGCAGGGAAACCGAGAAGCUGGAGAGAGGUCUCAACGCGGUUAUCAAGCGCAACAGGCGGUUGGUGCUUGGAGGGAGCUAG